UCGCUUCGUUACGUUUACAUUCUGUUCCCGACGUCGCGUUGUGCGGAGCCAUUACCCUCGUCCGCGCUAAAGCAUCGUGCCAUAUUCCCACUCGCGCCCUAAAAUAGACAGCAUUCACGUAGUUUUAAGUGAAAUAUUAUGAGAGUGAAGACCGAAAUGGACGACGACGAAAAGGGUAAAUUGUUCGUUGGUGGAUUAUCAUGGGAAACAACCCAAGAAAAUCUCCAACGUUACUUCGGCCGUUAUGGCGAAGUUAUCGAUUGUGUCGUUAUGAAAAACAGCGAAUCUGGACGCAGUCGAGGUUUUGGAUUUGUAACAUUUAGCGAUCCUGCUAAUGUUUCUCUGGUUCUUCAAAAUGGUCCUCACCAACUUGAUGGACGUACAAUUGAUCCAAAACCAUGUAAUCCACGCACUCUUCAGAAGCCAAAACGCAGUGGUGGCUUCCCAAAAGUUUUUCUUGGUGGUUUGCCAAGUAAUGUGACGGAGACUGACUUAAGGUCCUAUUUUACCCGCUUUGGCAAAGUUAUGGAAGUAGUCAUAAUGUAUGAUCAGGAAAAGAAGAAAUCCAGGGGAUUCGGCUUUCUCAGUUUCGAGGAUGAAGAAGCAGUGGACAGAUGCGUCGCGGAGCAUUUUGUCAACCUAAAUGGAAAACAGGUUGAAAUUAAACGCGCAGAACCACGAGACUCGUCCAGCAAGAUGAAUGAUAGUCAUCAGGGUCAAUGGGGACCCCCUCAACAGGGUGGUCCGCCAAUGGGAAUGGCUGGGAAUAUGGGGCCUAUGGGUGGCCCAAACGGGCAAAUGGGUGGACCUAUGAUGGGAGGACCGAUGGGUCCUCCUGGUAAUAUGAUGCAACAAUAUCAGGGUUGGGGCACUAGUCCCCAAACUGGUGGAUACGCCGGAUAUAGUACCCAGUACAAUGCUCAAGGCUGGGGUGCACCACCGGGACCGCCUCAACAGCAACAAAUUCCGCCACCGCCACCGCAUCAAUGGGGUAGCAGCUAUAAUGUUCAACCUGCUGCAGCUACCCAGGGCUAUGGAAGUUAUGGUGGGCCGGCGGCGGCCGCUUCAGGGGGCUACGGGCCCACGGCGGGUACUGGCGGGGCUGCGGGGGGCGGGCCCGGGGGCUCCUGGAGUUCCUGGAACAUGCCACAGAAUGGGCCCCCUCCUGGGACCCAGCCCCCACCCCAGCCCCCUCAGCCCAACUCCUCGCAGCCCAACUCCAACUCGAACCCCUCUGGCCCGCAGGGUGAUAUGUAUUCACGGCAGAACACCGGCUCAGGUGCGCCCGGAUCCAGCAGCAGUUCGGCUAAGACUCCAGAUUACACUGGGUACUCCGCUUAUAGUAAUUACGCGGACACCACUUAUCCUCAGCGUUCGUAUCAGGGAGGAGAAAGCAACCAAGGAAGUUUAUUUCCUAGACGUCCUGUUCAUUUUACUGACUGGAUGACGCGAGCCUUGUGGACUUGAGGUAAAAAAAAUUUAAAGACGCGUUUAACACAGAGCAAAGAGAUUUGCCCCGAUUUCGAUAUUUUUUUCUUUCCUUCUCUUGUGAUUCGACUCUAUUCGGUUUUAAAAUCUCGGCAUCCGAUAUAAAGUAUUUAGAUUCUUUAUUACAGAUAAAAUUACAUUUAUGUGAGAAAAAAAUUAAUAUAUUAUUAACGAGAAUGCAGUAAUGCAUUGAUUGACGCAAUAUAAUAGAAUUAUUUAUUUAUUUAUUUAUCAUUUUCAAAAAGAGAGAUGUUGAAACGUGCAUGUAGAAAUAUGAAAAAGGAAUGAAUCUUUGCAUUUUAAUUUGAAAUCUCAUUUUAAGCUUGUCGAGCCGAGAGAAAUAAUCAGAAAUAACUUUUCAUACAAAGUGAGUAAAAGAUUAUAAUUAUUUUUCAAUGCAAAAAUGUAUUCGGAUUUGCGUUUGUUAAUCAUUCAUUAUCAUUUUGAAAAAAGAGUCGUGACAAAAAUAAAGCGAACGUGGGCAGUCUUGUAAAAAGAUAGAUAAGAUUAAAACGCCAAACGUAUUUAAUAAAAUUGCGAUAGCGGUAAGGGAUAAAUAUAGUUAGACAUGAAGAUAUAUAUAUUUAUAUGCAUAUACGGCUAUCUUAUGUUAAAAUGGGAAAUGUAAAUCCCCGUAUAUAUGUUACAGAUACAUCUAAGAUGCACAUUGAUUUAUACUUCUAAAUGUAUUUUUGUGAAUUUUUCGUAUUUUUUUCAAGAAAUUCUGAGAAGAGAAAAUUAUAACAACGAAAGAAGCACGGAUCAAUGCGUACAGUCGUGUAAUAUUUGUAAUAAUGAUAAUAUAAUAUUGAUUAAGCUUAAGGUUAAGGAAUUAUAUUAUAUGGAGUUAUCCGGCGUGGUACGAUUGCUGUUGAUGGCACCAAUCUCCAUUUUUACUAUCUUCUCUCGCCGCUGAUGCUGUAUCGUUGUCCAAAAUAUUUUGUUACAUACUGCGAAUCAAGAAGCCAGCGAUAAAUGCAUUCUUUUAUAGCAUAGAGAUAAUUAAUAUUCCGUACGGAUUAAUAAACGUUCACAUUUUUAAUAGAA